CCCCGUGUGUGUGCGCGUGCGUUUCGUCUCCUAGAGAAACUGCAUUUCCUCAAAGCUGGACACCUCUGGAGCGGUUUAUGACGACUCUGGCUGGAGCGUAAUGAGCUCACGCUUCCGGUUGCCUGCUGGCAGAUCCUACAAUGUCCGGGCGUCAGAGCUGGCACGUGACAGGCAGCACACCGAAGUGCUCUGCAACGUGGUUCUGCUGGACAACACCAUCCAGCCUUUUAAGGUUAACAAGCACGAUCAAGGACAGGUCCUGCUGGACGCAGUGUUUAAGCACCUGGAGCUGACUGAGAAAGACUAUUUCGGGCUUCACCUGGCCGACGAGUCCUCUGACAGUCCGAGGUGGCUGGAUCCAAACAAACCCAUCAGGAAGCAAUUAAAAAGGGGAUCUCCUCAUCAUCUGAACUUCAGGGUGAAGUUUUUUGUGAGUGACCCAAGCAAACUUCAGGAAGAGUACACACGGUACCAGUAUUUUUUGCAGAUUAAGCAGGACAUCCUCAGUGGGAGACUGCCCUGUCCACACAACACUGCCGCACUACUGGCCUCCUACGCUGUUCAGUCUGAGCUGGGGGACUACAGGGAGGCCGAGAACCCACCCAGUUACCUGUCUGAGUUCUGCUUCAUCUCUAACCAGCCGCAGGGCUUCGAGAAAGAAGUGGCCAAGCAUCACCAGCAGCACAGCGGACUAAACCCGGCCGAGUCUGAGCUGAAUUACCUAAACACAGCUCGCACGCUAGAGCUCUACGGAGUGGAGCUGCACUAUGCAAGGGAUCAAAGAAACAUGGACAUUUUCAUGGGGGUCAUGUCAUCUGGAAUAGGCGUUUAUAAGAACAGGGUACGAAUCAACUACUUUCCCUGGCUGAAAAUUGUGAAAAUCUCAUUUAAAUGCAAACAGUUUUUCAUCCAGCUGAGAAAGGAAGCGAACGAGACACGAGAGACGUUACUCGGCUUCAACAUGGUGAACUACAGAUCCUGUAAGAACCUGUGGAAGACGUGCGUAGAGCAUCACACCUUCUUUCGGCUGGACCUGCCCGUUCCUCCUCAGAAGAACUUCUUCUCACACUACUUCAGCUUGGGAUCAAAAUUCCGCUACUCCGGAAGAACAGAAGCACAGUCCGUGCAGUACGGCAAGGAGAAGGGAAUCAAGGACCGGGUGUUCGCCAGAUCUCCCAGCAAGCCUCUGGCUAGGAAGUUGAUGGGUGUGAGCGACUGGGAGACGUUGAGCAGGAACUCUGUGUCCGAGGAGAGGCUGGAGACCCGGAGCCUCCCCACCCGCUCUCCACCUGGCACCCCCAACCACAGGAAUUCCCUGUUUGUAAAAGACGGUCCGCGGCAGCGGCCUUCGUCCAUGGGACAUUUAGUGGAGCACGUGAUUCACGCUUCUCCCAGCCUGCCUGCCUUCACCAACCACAAAUCAGCCUCAUCCACACAAACCAACAGCAUCAGCCUGGACUCCACACUCUCUCCCGAACGUGUCGAAGGGCCACCUCCGGCCCUGCCACCCAAACAGUCCAGGAAGAACCUGAGUCAGCUCAUCCUCUCACGCUCUCAGCAGGAGCUGGACAACCACAUCAACGAGAUGUACGACGUCCCGAUGGCAACAGACAAGACGGCGCUCAACGGCGUCGUUCCUCACGAUAAUCUCGUUCUGAUCAAGAUGAAUCCAGAUGAAAACGGCAGGUUUGGAUUUAACGUUACGGGGGGCUAUGAUCAGAAGAUGCCCAUCAUUGUGUCUCGAGUGGCUCCAGGAACGUCAGCUGAUCUGUGUGUGCCGCGGCUGAACGAGGGCGAUCAGGUCGUUAUGAUAAACGGCCGUGAUGUUUCUGAGCACACUCACGACCAGGUGGUCAUGUCCAUCAAGUCCAGCUGUGAAAGCCACUCAGGGGAGCUCGUCCUGCUGGUCAGGCCCAACGCAAUCUACGAUGUGGUGGAGGAGAAGCUGGAGACGGAGCCCGAUUUCCAGUACAUCCCGGCCAAAUCGCCCUCGGACGCUUCAGAGCUGGAUCAGGAUGCCUGGAGAGACUCCAUGCAGCAGCUGAAAGAAGGUCUGAGCAGUGGAGCUCUGCUCGCUCAGUUCGAUCAACUCUACCGUAAAAGGCCUGGAAUGACCAUGUCAUGUGCCAAGUUACCGCAGAACAUCUCUAAAAACCGCUACAGAGACAUUUCACCUUACGAUGCCACACGUGUCAUAUUGAAAGGCACAGACGACUACAUCAACGCAAACUACAUCAAUAUGGAAAUUCCCGCGUCCAGUAUCAUCAACCGAUAUAUCGCCUGCCAGGGGCCUUUACCCAAUACAUGCACCGACUUCUGGCAGAUGACAUGGGAGCAGGGCUCCUCCAUGGUGGUCAUGCUCACCACUCAGGUGGAGCGAGGCCGGGUGAAGUGUCAUCAGUACUGGCCCCAUCCCUCAGGUACUGCUGCCUUCGGUGGCUUUCAGCUUUCCUGUCAUACUGAGGAGGGAAACUCUGCGUUCUUGGUUCGAGACAUGACCCUUAUUCACACGGAGACGGAAGAAAGCAGGGAUUUGACUCAGAUCCAGUACUUGGCCUGGCCAGACCACGGCGUGCCAGACGACUCUACCGACUUCCUGGACUUUGUUGCUCUGGUGCGAAGUAAAAGAGCGAGAAAAGACGAGCCGGUUGUCGUCCACUGCAGCGCCGGGAUUGGCCGGACGGGAGUGCUCAUCACCAUGGAGACAGCGAUGUGUCUAAUGGAGUGCAGCCAGCCCGUGUAUCCGUUGGACAUCGUGAGAACCAUGAGGGACCAGCGAGCCAUGAUGAUCCAGACCCCUAGCCAGUUCAAGUUUGUGUGUGAGGCCAUCCUGAAGGUGUACGAGGAGAACCUGGCCAAGUCCACGCUCUACAAGUCUGACUAACAGAGACAACCAGCUUCCACCGUCACGUCACCGAGCUUCACCCGUCCAUCCCCGGAACCAGCACCGCUGCAGGGUCUUGAAGAAGUGUGCUGUACAAAACGUUCUUUUAUCACACAAUGAUCUCAGGUUGUUUUUUUUUUGUGUGGUUAUUUUUAACGAGUGUGAGAUUCGACUCCGAGCAGUUAGCAUUAAUGCCUUGUAGAGCGUGAGGGAUAAAUCAUCAUUCUUUAGGUCACAUUCAGAGUGUGAGAUCAUUUGAGUAAAGCACACUUCUUCAUCACAGGGCUGUGAAGACACAGAGGGGACGUGUUGGAAGAGAAGCUUACCUGAGCUCAGAGCUUACAUGCUUACAUAGGACAUUUAAAACCAAGCACUUUUGCACUUUACACUGGCAACUGAACAAUUCGCCAAGCUUCAUGAAAAAUGGGGGAUUGGGUGGGGGGGGGACUAAUACUUUUGGAGAAUUGGAGUGUUCCGGGUUCAUAUGAAACCUUUUUCAGAGAUUGCUGUGGUGCCAUAUAUCUUAGUACACAAGGGCAGGCCCAUGAGUGUGAUUGAUUUGCUGAUAGACAACAAAUUAUCCACAAUUUACGUUUUUAAGUUUUAAUAAAAGAUAUUUAUCGUGUUUUAGUUCCACUCACACACCCUGUCCGGAAUUACGUCAUUACUCCUAUUACUGAUGAGGACAGCAAGCAUCUUGUUAUCCUUCUUCCAGCGUAGGUAACGAGUGCUUUUUAUUUAUUAGCAUCGUCGAUUUUAUUGUAAUCCAAACAGGCAGGAAACCUAGAGCACUUUUGUUUCGUGUUACAAACCUUCAGCUUGUUAUUUUUCUCCUCUCCUGUAAUCCUGUGUCGCUCGGCUCAAAUCUGAUGGGGGGGGGGCAAAGUCUCGUUUAACGUACAUCACUCAGAAGUUUUAAAGCUUAACACACAAAGCUGUCUUAACAAGAGAGUAAAGACUACUGUUGUUCUGGAGUGUGCGUGUGAGUGUGUGUGUGUGCGUGUGUGUAUGUGCCUGUGUGUGAGUGUGUGUGCCUGUGCGUGAGUGUGUGUGCUUGAGUGUGAGAGUGUGUGUGUUUGCCUGUGUGUUUGCCUGUGUGUGUGCCUGUGUGUGAGUGAGGGUGUGUGUGUGUGUGUGCCUGUGUGUGAGUGUGUGUGACUGCCUGUGUGUGUGUGCCUGUGUGUGAGAGUGUGAGUAUGUGCCUGUGUGUGAGUAUGUGCCUGUGUGUGUGUGUGUGUGAGUGUGUGUGUGUGUGUGUGGGGACAUGGUCAUGCUCGUUUCCAUUUGUGCCUCUACACGUUGCCUAACAGCACAGCCUUGUACACUUAACUAGCCGUGACUCCUGAUCUCAGAGCCAUAAGAACGGCCUCAGGACAAAAAGACUUUCUCCUUAUUUUUUCCUGUCGGCUUUUACUGAGACCUCUAAACAUUGUGUCCUCAUAUUCGAGGUCUGUAUCUAGCUGUGCAUGAAAUAAAUGAUCACAGCUGCUAAUGAGGAACACUCUUCUGUGUGUGUGUGUGUGUGUGUGUGUGUGUGUGUGUGUGUGUGUGUGUGUGUGUGUGUGUGUGUGUGUGUGUGUACUGAGACCUCUAAACAUUGUGUCCUCAUAUUCGAGGUCUGUAUCUAGCUGUGCAUGAAAUAAAUGAUCACAGCUGCUAAUGAGGAACACUCUUCUGUGUGUGUGUGUGUGUGUGUGUGUGUGUGUGUGUGUGUGUGUGUGUGUGUGUGUGUGUGUGUGUGUGUGUGUGUGUGUGUGUGGAUGUCAGACUGUGACUGUAUGAGACUGUCUUGGUGUGUUCAGGUCUAACUUAGACUUUGGCAUUCAACUGAAUUAUCUCGGGUCUGGUUCCAAAUUGGCGAGUGACCCUUAUGGUCCACCAUGUCUCCUGUUUCCUUCCUGAGACGUCCUCUUUCAGCUACAAUAUGUAUUGUACACUGAAACGUCCCUAUUUUCUGCCUUACCUGCUCAACAAGCCCAUGUCCCAUCGGUCAGGUCAUACCGGAGACCGCAGAUAAACAAAGGCUACGAUCUACAUGAAAGCGUAUUAGACGUGUCGAGGUGAUUAACACGUUCGUUCAUUAAAACUUUCUGGAGGAACUGGCGGAAUUGGUCAAACUUUAUCUGGGUGAUUGAUAUCGGAUAAUAUUUUAACGAUAAUUUAUAGCAAGGGGAUUGAUCAGACCUUCUCUGGGAUCAAGCAGGAUUAGUCUGAAUUACUUCUUUAAUGAGCAAGAUUGAUUGACAGGAGCGGGUGGGAUCGGUUAAACAUUUCUGCGUCAGUGGCCGGGAUUGAAUUUGAAAGUUGAUGGGAUGAUAAACAUGGCUGUGGUCAGGAUCGGUGAAACGUACUGAAACUGUAGUGCAGGCUUUCUGAUUUUAUGGGAGCGCUCGUGAUUAGUAAAAUCUUCUGCAAAUGGGAUCGAGAUUUAAACGCCGGUCUUCUGUACAUCUGUAUUUAUCUCAGUUGCUCCAGGAUGCUGCAUCUCAGAGUGUGCUGUGAACUUCCCUCUGUCUCAGCUUGGGAUUAGUCAAGUGUUUCUUUUUUUGUGUGUGUGUGUGUGUUUAUUCUGAUAUGUUUGGAAGCAGGUUUCAGGACCAAUCGCUACGCUGUCGCCGAAUGUAGAGUAAGAAAACAACCCAGCAAAUAAUUCAGGUUUUUAUUGUACUUUGUUGUUUUUAUCAGAAAUAACUCUAUAAAUAAAUAAAUAAAUAAAUAAAUAAAUAGAUAGAUAGAUAGAUAGAUAGAUUUCUCACGCCUCGCUGAAAAGGACGGCACUUUUUAACAGAGACGGUCAUAGAAGCUACUAAAUACGCAAUUUAGCAUUUCUAAAGAUGUCGACAUUUUCUAUUUAUCUUUUUUUUUUCUUUCCCUCAAGUUUUCCUGCGAAAGAAAGUCCUUAACUUUGUGCCACUUGUUUAUUUUGUAAAUAUUCUACAGUGUGAAUAUGAUGUAUAUUAAAAUAUCUUUAAAAUAAAA